CACCACAGCCGCCUCUUCCUCGCAAUGAAGACAUCUCAAAUCCUCACAAUCGGCGCAGGCACUCUCGUUGCCGCUGGAGUCGGCUACGCCAUUUGGUUCGACCACAAGCGAAUGAACGAUGCGGCUUUCCGCAAGAAGCUCAACAAGGACAAGAAGCGCACCACAAAGGCGGCAAAGAAGGAAGAUGCAAAGAGACAGAAGGAGGACGAUGAGGCCAUCGACGCCGUCGUAAAGGAGGUUCAGAAGCCCGGUGUGCUGCCGAGUGGGCCACAGGAGAUGGAGAAAUACUUCAUGGAGCAAGUCACCCAGGGAGAAGCGCUCAUCGCAAUGGGAGCAGAGCACCGUGUAGAGGCUGCCGCCGCCUUCUUCCGCGGAAUCAAGGUGUAUCCCAGCCCGGUUGACCUCAUCAUGAUCUACCAGAAGGCGACGCCGCCAGAGGUGUUUGAGAUUAUCAUCAAGAUGAUUGGCAAGGACGCACAGCUCGGCGGUGGUGAAGGCGCUGCGGGUGGACGUGGUGGUGCCAACCCGCUCGCGGCAAUGGCUGCUGCUACUGGAGGGGCUGGUGGUGCGGGGGCCGCUGCGGGCAAUCUAGACGAGGUGGAUGACGAAGCAGGGCCGUCCGCUAGCCAGCCUGCUGCUGGUGGCGCCCAGGGACCGAAUGCGCCUGCCUCUGGCCCUCCCUCGCAAGCUUCUUCGCAAGAAUGGGACACGCUCAGCGGUGCAUCCCUUGGACCCAACGCCGCCGCAACUGGAGCCACAUCGUCAUCCGCAGAGGUCUCACCAUCAGAGGAGAAGGAAGGCGAGGCCGAAUCGUCGACGUCGACGAGCACCGAGAAGAAGGAGACUGGCGAGGAUAAAGAGCCCUUCCACCUGACUUCAAGCGGAGACGCCAACAGCUUUGCGCCCUCUCCCCUCUUUGCAUCUGGCUCGGCCGCACCCGCUGCAAACGCGCCGACGAUGAGCGAGGAGGCUUCUUCAUCUGGUCAACAGGCUGAGAUGCCCAAGGCCGAGACCACAGAGGAGGAAAAGAAGUCGGAGGAGGCGCAGAAGGAGAGUGGCGUUUAAGCAAUAAGAAGUAGAUGAGGCAAUGGAGUUUGAGAAGGCGGUCUAUGGACCGCUCAGAGGCCACAGGACGAAUAGCAUGUCCUGCUCGACGGUAUAUUGUAGCGAUAGGCCAGGCGUGGGAGUAGAGGUUGAUCACAAGGCGGACCACUGCGAAUCGCUGCGAAUCGCAAAUCUAUCCACUAUUUCAAUGACGCACAGCAGGAAUGAAGCGAUCGUACGAGCACUUAAUCACUU